AGCAGUGUUGGUAGUGUUGGUGCGGGAGAAGGUUACGCUCCGUGACAGUUGUGGUCACCUCGUCUAGAUCUGCCUUUGAGUGGUGGUGACAAGCUGAUUUAUGUAUAAUAUGAGUUAAGUGGCAAAUGAUGACUAUGAUGACUUUGAUAAUGUCCUGACAUCAUAUAUGAGGGGCCACCAUCAGGUGUGAACUUAAAGGUCAUGCCCCUGGUGUGACCCAGAGGAAAGGGAGAGACUUGAGGAACUUGUGGAGUAGGCCGCCGCCAUGGGACCCGAAGGUUCCGCUUCCUUCUUGCAUAUGGGGGACAUUGUGUCCCUUUAUGCAGAAGGUAGUGUGUCAGGUUUCAUCAGCACUCUUGGACUUGUGGAUGCCCGUUGUGUGGUGAGCCCUGAAGCAGGUGACCUCAGCAACCCCCCGAAGAAAUUUAGGGAUUGCUUGUUCAGCAUCUGCCCCAGCAACCGGUAUUCAGCCCAGAAACAAUUCUGGAAAGCAGCAAAGCAGAGCGGCAAUUCCAGCACAGACCCCAGCUUGCUCAGUCGUCUUCACCAUGCUGCAGAAACAGAGAAGAGACAAAAUGAGGCGGAGAGUAAGAAACUUAUGGGCACAGUUAUCAACUAUGGUAUCACCAUCCAGUUAUUGCACCUCAAGUCCAACAAGUAUCUGACAGUAAACAAGCGGCUUCCAGCACUGCUGGAGAAGAACGCCAUGCGAGUAUACUUGGAUGCUAAUGGGAAUGAAGGGUCGUGGUUUUAUAUCAACCCGUACUACAAGCUCCGUAACCCCGGUGACACUGUAGUGGUUGGGGACAAGGUCAUCCUCAGCCCAGUGAAUGCUGGCCAGCAACUUCAUGUCUCAAGCAUGCAUGAUCUUCGUGAUCAUCCAGGAUGCAAGGAGGUCAAUGUCUUAAAUUCAAACACAUGUUGGAAGAUAUCAUUAUUCUUGGAGCACAAGGAGAAUUUGGAAGGAAUAUUAAAGGGAGGUGAUGUGAUCCGGCUCUUCCAUGCAGAGCAGGAGAAAUUUCUUACCAUGGAUGAAUACAAAAAAAAGCAACACGUUUUCCUGAGGACAACCGGAAGAACCACUGCCACAGCAGCAACUUCCAGCAAAGCAUUGUGGGAAGUUGAGGUUGUACAACACGAUCCAUCUCGGGGUGGAGCAGGUCACUGGAACUCCCUGUUUCGUUUCAAGCACCUUGCCACUGGUCAUUACUUGGCUGCUGAAGUUGACGAUGACCCAACUCCUGAUCCUACUCGAACAAAGCUAAGAGAGCAAAUAUUGAAGCAACAGUCAAUUGACUCUGGGAGUUCGGACGGCCGGAGGAGAAAGACUGGGUAUUGGAGGGGAUCUACAGAUCCUAAUGGAGGUCCUGUCUACCAACUUGUCUCGGUGCCAUUAAGCAACGACAUUGCUUCUAUCUUUGAACUUGAAUCUACUACCCUUAUAAGGGGUGACUCCAUGGUGCCACAGUCUUCCUAUGUAAGGCUACGACACCUGUGCACCUCCACCUGGGUACACUCUACCUCCAUACCUAUUGAUAAGGAGGAGGAUAAGCCUGUUAUGUCUAAGGUUGGGUGUGCUCCAAUCAAAGAAGAUAAGGAAGCUUUUUCGUUAGUUCCGGUUCAUGCCAAAGAAGUAAGAGAUCUAGAUUUUGCUAAUGAUGCUAGUGAAGUCUUGGCCAAGCAUGCAAAGAAGCUAGAAAAAGGAUCUAUCACACAAACUGAAAGACGAUCACUAAUGUUGUUGCUGUUAGAUCUUGUGUAUUUUACUGCUGAGAAAGAGCAUGAGCAAAACAAGAGUGAGCCAUUAGCAUUGGUUCUAGAAGUUACCAAUCCAAAUAGAGAUCGGCAGAAACUCCUUAGGGAACAAAGUAUCUUAAAACAGAUAUUUAAGAUUCUUCAAGCACCAUUCACCGAGACUCAGGGAGGAGAUGGCCCUCUUCUGCGGAUUGAUGAAUUAAAUGAUCCCCGUCAUUCAGCAUACAAGACUAUUUUUCGCCUCUGUUAUAGACUUUUAAGACUUGCUCAACAAGGGUACAGAAAGAACCAGGAACACAUUGCUCAACACUUCGGUUUCAUGCAAAAGCAAAUUGGCAUUGAUAUAUUAGCCGAAGAAACUAUUACUGCCUUGCUUCAUAACAAUCGUAAACUACUUGAGAUCCAUAUUACUGCUACUGAAAUUGAAACAUUUGUUGGACUCGUUAGAAAAAAUAUGCACAAAUGGGACUGGAGAUUCCUGGAUUACCUUAAGGUCUUGUGCAUUUCUAACAACCAAGCCAUCCCACGGACACAAGAACUUAUUUGUAAGAGCGUCUUCAGUGAGAAAAACAAGGAUAUUUUAAUUGAGACAAGAUUGGUCGAAGAGGAUAUAGAAGUAGAAGUUGAUGUUGAAGGUUCUGGGCGUGUGGUGGCCAUUGAACGAGAUGAAGAAGUUGUCCUCACCUGGAAUAAUGGCCAGUGCUCUAAAUCUGUAGUGGAACUAGCCAAUCGUGCUGAGAACCUGAGUGAUUCAGAUGGUGGUGAAGACCGUCUUAUCCUGGAGUACUACAGACACAUGCUGGAUCUCUUCUCCAACAUGUGUCUUGACCGACAAUACCUGGCUAUUAGGCCUCUCUCACCGCUACUCAAGAUCAAUCUCAUGCUCAAAUGCUUGGAAGAGGAAACUCUUUCUUUUGACUUACGAGCUGCCUUCUGCCGCUUAAUGCUGCAUAUGCACGUGGACUGUGAGCCGCAAGAGAUGGUCACACCGGUCAAAUAUGCAAGAUUAUGGUCAGAAAUCCAACCCCACAUGUCUAUUUCAGACUAUGACAAGCAUGCAGCAAUGCACAGUACAGAAGCCGCUGCAACCACAUUCAAGGAUGUUAUUAUUUUUGUGGAAGAAUAUCUUUGUAAUGUGGUUGACAAGAUGUGGAGCUUCUCAGAUUGUGAACAGAAUAAACUCACAUUUGAGGUUGUGAAGCUUGCACGGUAUCUCAUCUACUUUGGAUUCUACAGCUUCAAUGAUCUACUACGGCUGACCAAGACAUUGCUAUCCAUCCUUGACUACUCUUUUGACACAGACUCAAAGUAUUUUCCAAAUAAUCUUCCUCAAGGAACAAUCAGCGAUGAUUCUUGUAAGGAUAGUGAAGCUAAGCUUGACCAGCCAAGUACAGCUUCUAUCUCGGACAUCACGAGUGCUAAUAUUAGUCAUAAUGAAGCUGUUAUUACUCCUAACAUUGAAAUUGCUUCUACUGAGAGUUGUGUUAGCACUAUUGAAGAAGCUUCUAGUAAUUUAAGCCUAAAUGUUUCCAUCACCACUGCUUGUUCCAAAGUUGAGGCCCUUAGUAUGGGUAGUGUGGGCUCUAGUGUUAAAGAAGACACUUGGGUCUCAAGGACCCCUAGUCCAAAAGCUUCUCCAAAACGCUCACCCAGUAGGAAGGUGUCAGACACCAAAGAAGGCACCACAAGGAUGGGUCAUAGACUAGGUGGUGGAGCCAGCCCCAAGAAGAAAGGGGCAGCACUGGAGAAGGAGGACACACUCGUCAUGGAUACCAAACUAAAGAUUAUUGAAAUUCUAGAGUUUAUCCUCAAUGUUCGACUGGACUAUCGUAUCAGCUGUCUCCUGUCAAUAUUCAAGAAGGAGUCAGAUGAAAACCCAAGUUCCCUUACUGGAGAUGGAAUUUCACAAGGAUUGAAAAAUAAAAAUCUUGAAAAUAUAUGGGCCCAGGCUCAAAGUAUUUUUGAUGAAACUCAGGUUGCACUCCAACACCAUCAGAACUCUAUCAUCUGCUUAUCAAGUGGUAUCCUAUCUCCUGAUUCACCACCUAAUGCUACCAACCUCCUCAAGGAGGAGAACUCUAAUCUGGAUCUAGAUGGUGAAGGUGGAAAAAAGUUUCUGCGUGUAUUGCUGCAUUUGACCAUGCACGAGUACCCUCCUCUGGUGUCACGGUCUCUGCAGCUGCUCUUCAGACAUUUCUCACAAAGACAAGAAGUGCUUCAAAACUUUAAGCAGGUUCAACUUUUAGUUCAAGAUGGAGAUGUGGAAUCAUACAAGCAAAUAAAAGAGGAUUUAGAUGAUUUACGCAAUCUUGUAGAGAAGUCUGAACUGUGGGUGUACAAAUCAAGAAGCACAGACGAAGAUGGCGGUGGAAGUAAAAAGAAGAAGAAGAAGAAUAAAGAUGAUGAUGAUGAUGAAACAGAUAGAAAACCCAAAAAGCCUCCUGCCCCUAAGCUGUCUGCUCAAGAUAAACAGGAAUCUGCCAUUGAUUUGGGCCUUGGCCCUCCACUUGAACCUGAGCAAGCAGAUAACUAUAAGCGGAUACAGCAGAUACUUGUGAGAAUGAACAAACUUUGUGUUACACAGUCCAGUCAUGGCAAUCUGUCCCCGAAGAGAAAUGAGCAACGUCUGUUAAGAAAUAUGGGCAUUCAUUCUGUUGUUCUAGAACUCUUACAGAUUCCUUAUGACAAAAAAGAAGAUAAACGUAUGAAUGAGUUGAUCGAACUAGCUCAUCAGUUCCUUCAGAACUUUUGCCUUGGCGAUCGACCAAAUCAAGCUCUCCUCUAUAAAAGUAUUGAUCUCUUCCUCAACCCAGGCCUGCUGGAAGCCAAGACAGUAUGUGCAGUAUUCAAAGAUAACUCUCAGUUGUGUGGUGAAGUGUCAGACCGAGUCAUUCAGCACUUCAUUCACUGUAUUGAGACUCACGGCCGACACGUUCAGUACCUUAAGUUUCUCCAAACCAUAGUCAAAGCAGAGGGACAAUUCCUUCGUCGAAGUCAAGAUAUGGUUAUGCAGGAGUUGGUGAGUGCUGGUGAAGAUGUAUUAGUGUUCUACAAUGAGAGAGCUUCAUUCAACAUGUUCGUUGAUAUGAUGAAGGCCGACCGCAAUAGAAUGGACUUCGAUGACAUCAGUCCACUCAGGUACCACAUAGAACUGGUGAAACUGUUGGCCUGCUGUACUGAAGGAAAGAAUGCUUCUACAGAGAUCAAAUGUCACAGUCUGUUACCUUUGGAUGACAUUGUGGCUAUGGUAGAGCACAAGGAUUGUAUACCUGAGGUAAUGCUGCUUCAGAUGCUGUUGGGGCAUGUGGAAGGGUGUUUGUUGGUUAAAGAAGCUUACAUCAACUUCCUCAACCACUGUUACAUUGACACUGAAGUUGAAAUGAAAGAAAUCUAUAAUUCUCAUCAUAUAUGGAGCUUAUUUGAGAAGUCUUUCCUGGUAGAUAUGGGCCGAGUAGCCACUGCCCCCCCUGACCGAAGACAUGCUGACAAAGCCCUGGAGAACUAUGUGAUCAACUCUCUUAUGACAAUCAUCACAACAUUCUUCAACAGUCCAUUCUCAGAUCAAAGUCAGACUAUUCAGAAAUACCUGGACGAGGCUCGCGACUUCUGGGGACAGCCUUAUGUUCAACAGUACAGUUCAGAAACACGGCAGCCUGUGUUUGUGCAGCUUCUCCAUGCAGUGUACAGAGUCAGCCAAGCAGUCAUGGGGCACCAAAGGGUCAAUGUUGAGAACUGCAUAAAGACACUUACUGAAGUGGCACGCAAACAUAAUAUUUCCAUCCCAGUUGACCUGGAGGCCCAAGUGGUGAGCAUGUCUCAACGAACCACCAGUAUCAUGACACGCACAGCCUCAAAAUGGAGCAAUCGAGCUACACGACGUGAUGCGUCAUCCACCUCACCUUGCAAUGACUUAAUGUUCGAAGAAGAUGACGGAGAUCAGCUUUCUGGACGGAUGGAUCAUCUUGUCAUCGAGCAAGAUUUUAACUCUGUCGUGUCGGUACUAGAGGCAGAGCUCCGCCCAUUGGUUUCAGCCGAACUCUCUGUCUUGGUGGACAUUCUUUAUCAGCCACACAAACUGUUCAGACCUGACAGUGAAGCCAGUAUAAAAUGCAAAAAUGGUGGCUUUAUUUCCAGGCUGAUUCGCCACUGUGAAAAGUUACUUGAAGAGAAAGAUGAAAAAUUAUGUAUUCAGGUUCUGAAAACUUUGAAAGACAUGAUAACAGAUUCAGAAUAUGGAGAAAAGGGGGAGUCAAGUUUUGAAAAAGAAGAACUGGAAAUGGGAGAUGCUCUACGUAAUUUGCUGUUGGCACGAUACUUUGAUCAGUAUCCAUGGUCGAAAAAGGAGACCGCAGAACUCAGAACUAAACCACAAAAUGUUGGACCAGGAGAUGUAGUGCAGCGACGUUCGGGGAAAUCCUUGGCUGAAGUUCAGUGUGAUUUAGCCAAAAAAGGGGCAGCAGUCCUAGUGGUAGACCUUGUGAUGAAAAGUCAAAAUCGACAUCGUAUUUUUGUGGAGGCAGUGGAACUGGGCAUAGCACUCCUGGAGGGCGGCAAUAGAGAAAUUCAAGACAUGCUUUAUAAUAAACUCCGGGAGAGUGACAAGAGUCAAAAUUUUUUUAAGGUUUUUGACAAUAAAAUGGAAGAAGCUCAGCAAGAGAUACGGAACACUGUGACUGUCAACACCUCUGACCUGAGUGCCAAGACCACCGAUGACAAGGAUGGCCAGAAGGAAGGAGAAAAGUUAAAUAAAAAAAAGGGAGGAAAUAGACCAAAUGGAUUAGUGAUGAAUGAUGAGAUUCGUGAAGAGCUGUCUGUUGCUGCAUCGGUUACCUCGCAAGCUUACACAAAUAUUAGAGCUGGCAAUACAGGAGAUGACACCAGUUCCUGUCUAGGCCUUAACACCUUGGAAGAAGUAGGUGAAAACUUUGGAGGUCGAGGCAACAAGGAAUCUCCCACAGAAAAUCCCAAACUAUCUCCUAAGAUUGCUGUGAUGGAACCAGUAUUGCGUUUCCUGCAGCUGCUCUGUGAAAAUCAUAACUUGUUUCUCCAGAAUUUCUUAAGAAAUCAGAAAAGCAAGACAAAUUACAAUCUGAUUAGCAAAACUCUUAUGUUUCUGGACUGUAUAUGUGGGUCUACAACUGGUGGGUUGGGGCUGCUUGGCCUCUACAUCAAUGAACACAAUGUCUCCCUUAUCAAUCAGACUUUAGAGACACUAACUGAGUAUUGUCAAGGUCCCUGCCAUGAAAACCAGAAUUGUAUUGCAACUCACGAAUCAAAUGGGCUGCACAUCAUUACGGCACUUAUUCUCAGCGAUAUCAACCCACUGGCAAAGGCUCGCAUGGACCUUGUUUUAGAAUUGAAGAACAAUGCUUCUAAACUUUUAUUAGCAAUAAUGGAAUCACGAGCUGACUCGGAAAAUGCAGAACGGAUUCUCCAAAGCAUGCAUAUUGACCAACUGCUGGAUAUGGUGUGUAACCUGUACCAUCAGGAGAGUAUGGACGAUGAUGAGUUCUUUGAAGAGGGCUCCCCUGACAGUGAUGAUGGUGUAUCUCCAAAAGAGGUUGGCCACAAUAUCUAUAUAUUGUGCCAUCAACUAGCAAAACAUCAUAAGGGCCUGGAAGAAUUGCUCUCCAAAAGUGGUAAUGAAAAGCUUGGUAAAGCACUUACUCAUUACAGAGAGAAUACUGCACAGAUUGAGAUUGUCCGAAGUGAUCGCACAAUGGAGCAGAUUGUUUUCCCUAUCCCAGAGAUCUGCAAUUACCUUACGAGAGAAACAAAACAGCGUGUUUACCAAACUGCUGAACGAGAUGAACAAGGAACUAAAGUCACCGAUUUCUUUGAGAAGUGUAAUGAUAUGUUUAUAGAAAUGCAGUGGCAAAAAAAAUUGAAAAGUCAAGCAGUAUUGUCUACAAUUAGUAACUAUAUGUCAAUAUGGAGCAGGUUACUCUUCUUGCUGGCAUUAAUGAACAACCUCAUUGUUGCAUUCUUCUAUCCAUAUACUAGUCAUUUGCCAAAUGUCAAUGGUCAUGUGAAUGGCCUCCUUUGGGUGGUUCUUCUGAUUGCUCUUGCCAUUGUUGUUAGUUUCCAACGACGAAUCUUCAUGUAUCUUCUGGGGUCCAUAUCCAUAGUGCGCCUCAUAUUCUCUGUAGGACCAGAACCCACACUCUGGCUCCUGGGUAGUGCUAAUGUGUUAAUUAAAGGCAUCCAUCUUGUGAGUUUGAUGGGUAAUAAAGGAACAUUUGCCAAGAGAUUAGAGCAGCAGGUAACAGAUAGUGAGCUCCUCUACCAUGUCAUCUACCUGGUAUUCUGCGUCCUCGGCCUUUCUGUUCACCCCUUCUGUUACUCAGUUCUGCUGUUUGAUGUGGUGUAUAGAGAAGAAACAUUGUUAAAUGUGAUGAGAUCAGUAACACGCAAUGGCUGGUCCAUCGUCUUGACGGCAGCACUGGCCCUCAUAUUGGUAUACAUGUUCUCCAUCAUUGGUUACAUGUUCUUCAGGAAUGAUUUUGUCGUGGAUGUUACUGACAACGAUAUCGAUUGGGAGAUCAUUCAAAGUCACAUUAACGAGCGAGUUGAAAAUUUUGUCUCGACUGCCUUGUCUACCAGACAAAAGCAAUCAGAAGUAUGUGAGAUUGGGGUAGACUGCACACAAGAUGAUCACCAUUCUUUAGACCUACGAGAGCUUGUUGAUGGGAUUACACACGAGAUGAUGGCUGAAGUGGAGGAUAGUAAAGAAGAAGCCUGCUCAACUCUUCUCAUGUGUAUAGUAACCACCCUCAACCAUGGACUCCGGAGUGGCGGCGGCAUUGGAGACAUUCUCAGGGCUCCAUCAAAUAAAGAAAACUUGUUUGCUCCUCGUGUUAUCUACGAUCUCCUCUUCUUCUUCGUCAUCAUCAUCAUUGUGUUGAACCUCAUCUUUGGUGUCAUUAUUGACACCUUUGCUGAUCUCAGAAGUGAAAAACAAAACUCUGAAGAAAUACUGAAAAACUCUUGCUUUAUAUGUGGAUUAACACGUUCCAGCUUUGACAACAAGGCUGUCAACUUUGAAGAUCACAUUAAGCACGAGCACAACAUGUGGCACUAUCUUUACUUCUAUGUUCAAGUCAACGUCAAGGAUCCUACAGAAUUCACGGGACCUGAGAGUUAUGUCUACACCUUGGUAAAGGAGAAAGACUUAAAUUGGUUCCCACGGAUGAGAGCAAUGUCACUGAGCAUUGGGGAAACAGAAGGUGAAUUGAAUGAAGUACGAUGCCUUAAUGCCAAACUGGAUCGCACCCAAGCUUUAGUUGACAGCCUUGUUUAUCAAUUAACAGAGCUUAAGGAUGAGAUGACAAAGCAACAAAAAUACCGUAAUCGGCGCGGGAUCCUCAGUACGACCAGUAACUACAACAGUCAUCAGUAUGGUCAAUCUGGCAUGGGUAUGGAUACCAUGCACCAGUACCAGUAACUACAACAGUCAUCAGUAUGGUCCAUCUGGCAUGGGUAUGGAUACCAUGCACCAGUACCAGUAACUACAACAGUCAUCAGUAUGGUCCAUCUGGCAUGGGUAUGGAUACCAUGCACCAGUACCAGUAACUACAACAGUCAUCAGUAUGGUCCAUCUGGCAUGGGUAUGGAUACCAUGCACCAGUACCAGUAACUACAACAGUCAUCAGUAUGGUCCAUCUGGCAUGGGUAUGGAUACCAUGCACCAGUACCAGUAACUACAACAGUCAUCAGUAUGGUCCAUCUGGCAUGGGUAUGGAUACCAUGCACCAGUACUGUACCAGUAACUGUAACAGUCAUCAGUAACUAUACCCAUCUAGUGUGGGGUAUGAAUGUCAUGUACCAGUAAUAUUUAACAAGUCUGUCCUUAGAUGAAAUUUAUAUAUUACAUUGAGUAUAUUUUUUACGUUAAAUUAGGAAAAAUUGUUAUCCUGUUAAAUGUCUUCCAGAAAUCUUUCAAGAGUAAUUUAUUUUCAAAAUUAUAUUACUCUACAUCUGUGAGCUCAAGUUAUGAAAUUUUAGGAUCCUUCAUAUCACCUAUAAUGUCAUGUUUCUCCCAGGAUGCUACAGUAUUAUGCAUUUUUUGUGUAAUUCUUGUGGAGAAAAUUAAAAGUAUAUUUCCAAACAGACAUGUACAAAAUAAUUAAGUAAUUGGAAAUAAUUUCAAAGGUAAUAAUUAUAAAAAAUCAAGCCUUGCCAAAUGCUAAAUCCUUGCACUGCUAAAUAUAAUUUGACUAUGAGGUCCUGAGGGAAAUACCAGAGUGUAAAGUGUGUCACACAUUUUAUUGUUUAAUGCUAAUAAAUACACAAAUUUACUGUUGGCAUUUGGUUAUAGUAUAAAUGAUUGAUUUUCCUAUUCACUUCAUUUAUCAUUUAUGUUCAUAGCUCUGUUGCGAGGUACAUACAGUACUGUACUCUACGUUUGUCUUCACACACUCGUUUAUAUAAUGUUUUAUGUGCUUGAUGAAAAAAAUAGGGAGAGAAUUAUUAGAGAAAAUAUACACAGUAAAAUUUCUAGUCCUUUUUCAUUACAUGGAACUUUAGAAAAAUGUUGUUUGAUUACUUGUAGUUCUGUAUUUAUAUGUAAUAUCCAGUGGCAUCUGAUAGUUGUUAAAAGCAAGUGCAAUGGUAACACCAGAUGUAUGUCUUGGGUCUGCUGUUUACUUUUUUGUUAUAAAUAUGAAGCUGCCACAUAUGUACUGUUAUAUUGUUAAUUUACAAUCAUAUUCUGUACCAGUAAAGCUCACUUGGAUAUCUAUUAGCUUUGGUCAAAUUUUAAUUCUUUUAAUGAGUGUUAUUUAUAGAAUUUCAUAAAGUAGUUCCUCCAAAUAUAGCUAUUAAUUUGGUUGUGUGUGUCUUUGAAUACACUUAAACCUUUAUGUUGGUGAGAGAGAGAGAGGCACGUGGGCCGCGUGUGUGUGUGGUAAACACUCGCCACAUUAUGUAUAUCAUCGCUGUGGGUGCUUCUCUACCAUCAGGCUACUGCAGUAAUGUUCUAUCAUUAAAUCUUACAUUCCACAUUUGGAUUUUAUCAUAGUUUUUAUUUAAAAGAUAUAACAACUGUUGCAUUCUUUACUUUUGUCUUAAACAUUACUAUACAUUAUGUAAUGUUUUGCUACAAGUACUUUGAAGCUUACACUACAUAAACAUUCCUGGAAGUAAAUUUAAUCAGCAUUCAUAUGCUUAUUUGUGCAUUCCAAGUUUGUGUUUUUCACAACUGAUUAUAAAGCUUUCUCAUGUGUUUUGAAAUAACUGUUCAAUUAAAUUAAUAAUAUUUAAAAAUUCAUAUAAAAUGGCUUCAAAAGGUUCACGUAUUUUAUUAUGUGUAAUAAUAUUAUUAAAAUUGUGAAGGCGUAAAUGGGUAUUUUAGCUUGUGUUUGAUGUGAGUGGUCACUUGGAGUGUGUGCAGCCUCUAGCACCUUUAUUAUUGAAGUGUUGUUAAUCUGGAUUUAAUGUGUUAUUUACAUAUUAUAAAUCUCUUGACACCUGUAUGAUGCUACUCACUUAUUUUGGAAUAUAUUUGUAAAAUUUUGCAUUAAGAUGUUUUUUAAAAUAAAUUUGUACUGCAUUUACUAUACAGUAUAUAUACAUACAGUAUAUGUAUGUUUUAUUUAUAAUUAAAAUUUGCCAUACAAUAAUUUAUGCAUAAUAUGUGAAGAAUGUGAUUUACCAGAACUGUACGUAUAGAUAUCAUUAUAGGAGACUGUGUAUAUAGUAUUUAUCUAUCAGUAAAGUGUCAACAUUUAAUAGUGGGAUGUCACCUAACUUUGAGGACAUCAGGAUUAUUAUUUUUAAUAAUUUCAAUGAAUUUGGAAAGGCAAUUAUUAUAUUUGAGUGUGAUGAGUAAGAUGUAUUUUCAGCUUUGCCGUGUCUGUGGCAACGAAACCAAAACAUGAAUACUUUCCUUUGAAGAUAUAGAUACUUUAGACUAAACAUUACAAAAUAGUUUGCUUAGUAUUGAAAUUAAAGGAAAUUUGAUAAAUAUCUCAUAAAAAAAUUAUAAAAUAUUUUACUAAUUUAUAUUUUGCAAAAUGUAAAUCGCUGUUAAAUGACUAUUAAUAAGGAUCUAUAAAAAAAAAGAGUUUAUAAACCAUGUAAAAGUAAUUAUCAAUAGAAGGCACCAAGCCGGGAAGGCUGUGUAGCAAAACCAUGUAAAAGAUUUAAAUUAAAAAGUGCAAAUAUUUAUGGUAGAAAUGUUAAAUACUCUUUGUAUGCUUGGGUUAUAGGUCAAGGCAACAAAUAUUUUACUGUUCCAACCACUUCAUUAUUUGUCAAUGUUUUUUUUAAUAUAGUUCGUUUACAAAAAAUGAAAGACUUGUCAUGCUUCUUACCAAACAGAAAGUGUCAAACUUUAUUCCUUCAAUGCUAAACAAUUAUCUUUAUGGCAUAACUGCAUGGUAUUUAAUCUCAUAGCAUGUAGGUUCAAUGUAUUUAACAUGUAUAUAGUACUAUGACAUUUUGACAUAACAUUUGCAUAAAUAAUGAAGCAUACAUGGAAGUAAAUAUCAAAGCUAUAUACAUUUUGCAAUUUAUGUAUUCCUUCAGAUAUUUGACUUGUGUAUCAACAUUCUGAAUUUUAUAUUUAUAAAUUGUUAAAAUCAAAUUAUAGUACUGUAGGCCUAUUUAGAUUUAUGUAUAUGAACUCUGAAGCAAAUAGGACUGGAUUGCUUAGUUACAGCGAAGGUUUCUGUGAACGUUGUGUGUGUUCUAAGAAACUUGAGGCAAACACUACAGUCUGUUAUUGUUAUUCUUAAAACAUUAUCUGAAAGUUGAAUUUUUGUCAGUGUUGUGCUACAUGUGUUCUUUGACCAAUGUUAGUUUUACUGAGUUUCCUGUUAAUUUAUCCUUAAACAAUGUGUGUUCUAGAACCAUAAUUGCAUAUUGCAGAUAAGUAGAAAUAACACCAGUAAUUGUUAGGGUAUUUGUUUUGACAAAUGUUUACGUUCUCAGUCCUAUGCCACUACUUUGUGUAUAUCCUAACAAUGAAGUUAUGAAAAUAAAAUCUCACAGCAGCCUGUUUUAUUA